CGCCGCCGCCGCCUUCUGAUGCUGACAGGGGACCAGCCCGGCUCCUGGCCGUGAUUCUGUGCGGAGAGAGCGAGAGCGAGAGCGCCCUUUGCCCGCCGCUUCGCUUCCCAGCCGCGCUCUCUUCGCGAUGGCUUUCCCGGCAGCGUGGUGCAUCAUGCGGUUCCUUGCGCUGGGACUCGCGGCCGCCUGGGCUGGAUUGCCCGCUCCGCUGGAAGGUGUAUGUGUCUAUCGAGGCUCAUCAUUUGAGAACAACACCGUUUGGAAGCCAGACCCGUGCCGGGAGUGCGGUUGCCAUGGUGACAUUGUCCUGUGCGAAGCCGUCGUUUGCAAAAACCCUCACUGCAACUUUUGGAAGGGGGAGGUGCUCCGAAUAGCCCCUAAUGCUUGCUGCCCUAUGUGCGUUUCACAAACGGAAGGAUUUUGUAAACACGAAGGACGUAUCCAUGGGCAUGAUACUGAAUGGACUGGCUCUGGGUGCACAACCUGUUCUUGUGCCAACGGAGAGGUUCUCUGCACUCCCAAGUUCUGCCCGGCUCUUUCUUGUGAGAGAGGUGAAGUAGAAUCCUUCAAGCCAGGAGACUGCUGUCCACGGUGUGUUGGUCGUGGAGAGACUUGCUCUUUCGAUGGCCAAAGGUUCCAGGAUGGUGAGGAGUGGCGACCCAGCCUGUGUGCUAAAUGCACCUGCCAGAAUGGGACUGCGAAAUGUUUCACAGCACUAUGUCAGCCUGUCUCAUGUAACAAGAAUGAAACAGUGGCUGUCCCUGCUGGAAAAUGUUGUCCAGUGUGCGCUCCAAAAUCCUGUGCUGAUUCUGGGCGAGCAUACCAGCAUGGCGAGCAGUGGAAGAAAGAUGCCUGCACAACCUGUGUAUGUGAGAGAGGAGAGCCCAGGUGUCUGAAGCAGACUUGUGCCCCACUGACAUGUGAGAAGGGGGAGACCAAAGUGCAGCAUCCUGGGAAAUGUUGUGAGGAGUGCGUCCCUUCCAAGGGGAGCUGUGUACAUGGAGCCACCAUCAGGUACUAUGAUGAGAUGUGGAACGGAACCCGCUGUGAAUUCUGUAUGUGCGAUCAAGGGCAAGUUGCUUGCUGGAAUGGAGAAUGUGCCAAAGUGGAGUGUGCUGAGGGUGAAGAAUUAAUUCAUUUAGAAGGCAAGUGCUGUCCUGAAUGUAUUUCAAGAGGUGGGCCCUGUGUUUACAGAGAACAUACCAAAGAUAGCGGUGAGAAGUGGAAGGAAGGUCCGUGCCGGGAAUGUCAGUGCUGGGACACCGAAGUGGCCUGCUACACUCGAUCUUGCCCGACGUGCCCCUCGGGCAGCGUGGCCGUAGCCGUGCCCGGAGAAUGUUGCCCUCAGUGCCAGCCAGGCCGGUGCCAUUCAGACUGCUUGACCUGCUCACGGUCUUUUGAUCGCUGUGAUGCCUGCCGCGAUGCCACCAGGCUGCUGCAGAACGGACACUGCGUGGCCGCCUGUGGAGCUGGAUUCUAUCAGGAUGCUGGGCUUUGCUUAGCUUGCAAGAAGACAUGCGCUACCUGUACCAAUGGUUUCACGUGUGCUUCGUGUCAAAAUUCACUGCAGCUGAAGGGCGGCCAAUGUGUAGCAUCCUGUGGGGAAGGGUUCUUUCCUGGACCACUCCAGUGCAGAGCUUGCCAUGAAUCCUGUUCGACUUGCCAGGGCCCUGCUGCAAACAACUGUUCAUCUUGCAAAGAUCCGUCACGUGUCUUGCUGGAAGGGCAAUGUGUCCCUAGUUGCGCCCGGGGGUUCUAUCUCAAGAACAGCGUUUGCAAAGCCUGCAAUGAGUCGUGUGAAGCUUGCUACCCAGACCAGUCCAGAUGUUUAAGCUGUGCUCCGGACAGAGUCCUGCAUGGUGGGAACUGCCUCCUGAAAUGCCCCGAGGCCUCCUACGUGGAUAGCUCUCAGAGAUGCAGAGAUUGCCACCGUUCCUGUGCCAGCUGUGUUGGGCCUUUAUCUGUUCAGUGCACUUCUUGCUCCUCUCCUCUGGCCUUGCGUCAGGGUCAGUGUCUGCCUGCUUGUGGAGAGGGCUUCUAUCAGGAUGGCACAGUCUGCAAAGGUUGUCCUCCAUCUUGCCGCAAAUGUGUUGGCCCGGAUCCUUUGCACUGCACACAGUGCAUGAGACCAGAGGAGGGUCUGCAGCCAGAAGUGAACCCAGAGGGGACCGCAGUUGGUGUCUGCCUACCCCAGUGCAAAGCCCAUUUCUACCUCAGUAAUGAUGGGGUAUGCAAAGAGUGCCACUCCUCCUGCUUGUCUUGUAUGGAGGAAUCUCCAGAGAAUUGCACAGCCUGCUCACCUCCCCAAGUCCUUUUCGGUGGCCAGUGCCAAACGGAGUGCCCAGAGGGAUGGUAUCACCAGGAGGCACGUUGCUACUUAUGUCAUCCUUCUUGCAAGACGUGCCGUGGGUCUUCAGAUGCUGAAUGUGCAAGCUGUCAGCCCCAUGCCACUUUUGUCAAUGGAAGAUGUAGGGCUCCUUGCAAAGAAGAGCAAUACCUCAAUCUGGUGGGAUACUGCAUUGACUGUCAUCCCCUGUGCCAUCAGUGUGUGGCAGAUCUCCAGGACACAGGAAGCAUCUGUUUGAAGUGCCAAAAUAUCCGUCAUUUACUGCUGAAAGACCGCUGUGUGCCUGGCUGCCCCAUGGGAUACUACAAGGAUGGAGGAGCAUGUACAAAAUGUCAUCCUUCCUGCAAAAGCUGUGAUGGGGAAGGCCCUUUCUCCUGCACGUCCUGUGACUCCAACCUUGUUCUUUCUCACACCAGCGCUUGCACCGGGACCUGUUCCCUUGGCUACUACAUGGACGAGGACCAGCGCUGCAAGCCUUGCAGCGGUUCGUGUCUGAGCUGUGAUUCAGCAACCAGUUGUACAUCCUGCAAAGACCCGUCCAAAGUCUUGCUCUUUGGUGAAUGCCAGUAUGACAGCUGCGCUCCACAGUAUUUCCUUGAUUUCUCCACCAAAACAUGCAAAGAGUGCGACUGGAGCUGCAACGCCUGCAGCGGUCCCCAGAGUACCGAUUGCUUGCAGUGCAUGGAGGGAUAUGUUCUCCAGGACGGUGCCUGUGUAGAAUGGUGCCCCUUAGGGUUUUACAGGGAGUCUGACACAUGCCAAAGGUGCAAUGACCAUUGCCUCCACUGUGAUACCUCAAGUGAAUGCACCCGCUGUGAAGCCCCAUUUCUCCUCUUGGGAUCGCAGUGCAUCUUGGAAUGUGGGAAGCGAUAUUAUGCAGACCAGGAGACGCAAAGAUGCUCAGCUUGCCCCAAGGGAUGCUUGGAAUGUGACAGAUCAAGUCGGUGCCGAGUGUGUGAUGCGCCCAUGUUUCUGCAGGGGGGGCGUUGCGUUUCUGAUUGCAGCCAUGGUUUCUACAGCAACCCCCAGAGCAGGGAAUGUAAAGCUAUCACACAGGCUCCUGACCUCAUUGCAAAUGGCCCACUGCAAGUAGGGAUUGGUGGGGUGAAGCCGCUUGACUUUUCCCUCCUGGAGGUAAAAGAUCCUGGUGGCCAGAAAGAGAAGCUGCUGUUCCAUGUGACUAUUCCACCCGACAACGGCAGGCUUGUGGCUGUGGCUGAUGGCAAGGAGACAGCGCUGAGCCAAGGCGACCAUUUUACCUGGGAGGAUGUGAAGGAACAGAGAGUUCUCUUUGUGCACGAUAAGGAGAAGUCCAGGAAUGGUCGGUUUUCCCUGAAGGUCACCCACCAACAGUACUUCUCCGAACCUGAAGAGUUUACUGUUCAAGCUCUUUCAACACAGGCCCCAUAUGUGAUCAGGAACGAAGCCCUCUUUCUUGGCAGAGGGGAAGCAGGAGCCAUAACCAACCUCUUGCUUGACAUUCGAGACAACGAUAAUCCCCAGGAUGUGACCGUGGCCGUUUUAGAUCCUCCACAUCAUGGGCGGCUAGCCAAGCUUCCCGGGGAUGUGCCGACCUCGAAGCUUGUGUUCCAGCUUGAGGACUUUUUGGGGGGAUUGGUGCAUUACAUCCACGACGGCUCUCCCAGCUCAGCAGACACGCUUGUCCUUCAAGCAAGUGAUGGGUACCACUUUCAGAAUAUCCUCUUCCACAUCAAGAUUACUCCAAAGAGCCAAGGGCCUCCUCUGCUCAUCACCAGCUCCACGGUGUGGGUCCCAGAGGGAGGGAUGCUGCAAAUCACCAACAGAAUCCUGCAAGCCGAGAUGGCAGGGAUCACUGACUCCAUGAUCCUCUACACAAUUAGAGAUCAGCCACGCCAUGGUGAAGUGAUGUUCCUGGUCCCCAUGCCUGCAGAUGACCCAGGGCUAAUAUGGCGACCUUUGCCCGAUGGCAGAGCAGCCAAACCAACCAACUCCUUCACCCAGCAGGACAUCAACGAAGGCGUCAUAUGGUACAGGCACUCUGGAUCCGAGACAGAGAGCGAUUCCUUCCGCUUCCAGGUAUCCAGUGCUGCUGCUCCACAAGACCAUCUGGAGACCCACCUCCUCAACAUUGCCAUCUUACCCCAUUCGCCAGAGUCACCCACCCUCUCCUUGGGAUCUUCUCUCCAUAUGACUGCUCUGGAAGACCGUGUGACCCCUAUAGAGCCGCAUCAUCUUUCCUUCAUCGACUCGGAGAGUCCAAGUGGGAAAGUCGUAUUCAAUGUGACUGUACCUUUGCCACCAAAUCAAGGUAUUCUGGAACACAGUGACAGGCCCCUCUCUCCAGUGAAGUAUUUUACACAGGCUGACAUCAACCAUGGCAAAAUUGUGUAUCGUCCUCCCACUGCACCCCCACACAUCAGAGAGAUGACAGAGUUCUCCUUUGCUGGUCUUCCAGAGUCAGUCAGUUUCCGUUUUACAGUGUCUGAUGGAGAACACAUAAGUCCUGAGAUGGUGUUUACCAUCCACUUGCUCUCCCUUGGGACUCCAUUAUUGCAGAUGACAGCUCCAGUCCUCAAGGUUAGCCAAGGAGGCAAAGCCAUCAUCGGAAUACAGUUGGUAGGCAGUGAUGCAGACACAGUUCCUGAGGGCCUCUUCUUUGAGUUGGUGGAACCUCCCCGCCACGGAGCCGUCCUCAAGCAUAGCAGUGGAUUCCCUGACCACCUGGGUGCAGGCGAUACCUUCACGUAUGAAGAAGUCACGAGGAACGCUUUGGAGUACAUCCACGACAGCUCCUCUGCGGCAGAGGACAGCAUGGAGAUUUCAGUCACCGAUGGGAUUUCGACAGCAACGACUGUGAUGAAAGUAGAAGUGUCGCUGAUGGACAAAGAUGGGCCAAAGUUGGCUCCCAGCUGCUCACUGACCAUCACGGUGGCUAGUAAAAGCUCUGUGAUCAUCACCCGAUCCCACUUUGCUUAUAUUGACGAUAAUUCUCCUGAUUCCAUGAUAAGAGUUCAGUUAAUUUCUCUUCCCAUGUAUGGCACUCUUGUGUGUAUAACCCCUGGACAGCAUUCUGGAGAGUUUUCUGAAGUCUAUAACUUCACAAUGGAAGAUAUCAACAGCCAAAGAAUCAGAUACUUCACAAAGCUUGAAACUGUUGAUCAGCCAGUCACGGACGUUUUCCAUUUUGCUGUGUUCGAUGCUGACAACAACCGGCUUGACAGUCAGAUGUUCACCAUCACAAUCACGCCUGUCCAGAACGAGCCUCCCGUCACCACUUUUGCUGACCAUAUCGCAGUGGAUGAAGGGGGGAGGGUACCGCUUAAGGCUCACCACACCCUCACCAUCGACUCUGAUCUUGUCCAAGAAGAUCUAGUAGUGAACAUUGUGACUUUGCCAAAAUACGGAUACAUUGAAAACACCAAGACAGGGAAGCGACUUGGCCCCGGAGGCACCACAAUCUCAGAUCUGACAUUCUCCAUUCAAGAUGUGGUAGAGAACCACAUUUAUUACUUUCAAAGUGUCCAUGAAAGCAUUGAGCCAUCAAUGGACACCUUUAGCUUUUAUGUCAGUGAUGGCUUCAGCCAAUCAGAAACCAGCAGCGUCAACAUCACUAUUAAGCAUUUGAAUGAUGAGCCCCCUGAAAUGGAGCUGGAGUUGAUCAAAGUGCAGGAAAGCCAAGGGGUAGUAAUCAGAAAUUCCUCCUUGAGGAUGAAAGACCUGGAUACCUCUGACAAUCAUCUGGUCUUUGUAGUAACCAAAAAACCUUCUCAAGGUUAUCUGCGCAAGAGAAAGUCUCGUUUUGAUCCCCUGGAGGACGGACAAAUUAUGUCAGAGGGAUCCACCUUUACCUACCAAGAUGUUCUGGAUGAACUAAUCGUCUACACACUGGACAAUCCCAGAGUCCAGUCUGAUGAGUUUCGAUUCACACUCUCUGAUGGCCUCUACUCACAGAUGGGGAAGGUGGAGUUUGCCAUAGAGCUGCCAAGGAUGCAUCUGCCCAGAUUAGCUGUCAACAGAGGCUUGCAGCUUUCUGCCGGUUCUGUGGCCGUCAUUACAGAUCAGCACUUAAAAGCCACAGACACAGACUCAGAUGAUCUGACUAUCAGAUACAUCAUGAAAAAGGAUCCCAGCCAUGGACUUCUGCGCAUGAAUAAAAGGGAUUCCCUGGUUCAGAUCUCUGACAAAGGACCAGUCAGAACUUUCACCCAGGCGGAUAUAAACAAAGGACAGGUGGAGUACAGCCAUGGGAAAAGGGAGCCUGGUGGGACAUUUGCGUUUGCUUUUGAUGUGGCUGAUGCAGAAGGAAACAAAAUAGCCGACCAAUCGUUUGCUAUUCAUGUAAUAGAAGACCAGUUGCCCCCUUCAAUCGUCGUCAACACAGGACUGACCCUGGAUGAAAACUCAGUAAAGAAGAUCACCACUCUUGAGUUGUCUGCCACGGAUCAGGACACUGAGCCCGGUGAUCUCCUGUACAGAAUCACCAAGCAGCCUCAGCUGGGACAUCUGGAGCACACUGCCUCACCAGGCAGAAGGAUUAACUCCUUCAGACAGGUGGAUCUGAUCUCCCGCAGUAUACAGUACAUCCACACUAGCGAGGCUGAGAAGCAUUCUGACACAUUUGCCUUCAUUGUUUCUGAUGGGACACAUGACGUGAGCCAGACCUUUGACAUCACCAUUAAUCCAGUCGAUGACUCUUUACCUGUUGUGCAGAGCUUUGGAGUGAGGGUCCAGGAAGGAGUGAGGAAAACCAUCACGGAGUUUGAGCUUAAAGCUGCAGAUACCGACACAGAGGCUGAAUCCCUCACCUUCACCAUCAUUCAGCCUCCACGCCAUGGCCUAAUCGAACGUUCCAGUGAUGGUCACCGUUACCGGCAGGCACACACUUUCACGAUGGAGGACAUCUACCAGAACCGGAUCAGUUACAGUCAUGAUGGCAGCAACUCACUGAAAGACCGCUUUACCUUCACAGUGUCUGAUGGGACUAACCCCUUUUUUGUUGUGGAGGAGGAUGGAAAAGAGAUCGUGACAGCUGUGCCCCAGUGGUUCAGAGUGGAAAUUCUUCCUGUGGACGAUGGAACCCCAAGAAUUGUCACUAACUUGGGCCUCCAGUGGCUAGAGUACAUGGAUGGCAAGCCCAAAAAUUUGAUCACCAAGAAGGAGCUACUGACUGUGGAUCCUGAUACGGAAGACAAACAGCUGAUCUAUGAGAUCACGGCAGGGCCCAAGCACGGUUAUGUGGAGAAGAAGUUGCAGCCAGGAGAACCGGUGUCUACAUUUACACAAGAGGAGGUGAACUUGGGAUUGAUCCAGUACGUGCUGCAUGAGGAGAAGUCUCAGGAGACAGAAGACAGUUUUCAUUUUCUAGUAAAGGACAGCAGACCCACCAUGGUCACUGACAAUACCUUCCAUGUCCAGUGGUCUCUUAUCAGCUUUCAGCACAACAGGUACAAUAUCAGUGAAAAGGCGGGCUCUAUCAGUGUCACAGUGAAGAGGACUGGUAAUCUCAAACAAUAUGCUAUUGUACUGUGCCGUACUGAGCAGGGAACAGCAACUUCUGGCUCCAGUUCCCACCCAGGAGAACAGGACUAUGUGGAGUAUGCAGGCCAGGUACAGUUUGAUGAACGGGAAGACACGAAAUCCUGCACCAUCAUUAUAAAUGAUGAUGACAUAUUUGAGAACAUCGAGAGCUUCACAGUGGAGUUGAGCAUGCCAGCCUACGCCUUGCUGGGGGGGAUCACCGAGGCCCAAGUCUUCAUCAGCGAUGCAGAAGAUGAACCCACCUUGCAGUUUGACAAGAAGGUCUACCACAUCAGUGAGACUGCCGGCACCCUCUCCGCCCCCAUUGAGAGGAAAGGAGACUCUAGCAGUGUCGUCUCUGCAGUUUGCUACACAGUCCCCAAAAGUGCUAAAGGCAGUAGUGUGUAUGCCCUGGAGUCUGGUUCAGACUUUAAGUCCAGGGAAAUGUCCAACGAGAACCGUGUCGUGCUGGGGCCAGGGGUCACCAUGACAACCUGUGAUGUGAAGCUGAUCGACGACAGUGAGUACGAAGAAGAGGAAGAAUUUGAAAUUGCACUUGCUGAUGCAUCAGAGAACGCACGCAUUGGAAGCAUUGCUUUGGCCAAGGUUAUGAUCAGCGGGCCCAACGAUGCCUCUACGGUGUCCCUUGGAAAUGCUACUUUUACUGUCAGCGAGGAUGCAGGGAUCAUUGAAAUCCCAGUUACCAGGCAUGGUCCAGAUCUCUCAAUCCCGACGUCUGUGUGGUGUGCUACGCGCACAUCUGAACCACCAUCUGCCACACCGGGGGUUGAUUAUAUUCCCAGCUCCAAGAAAGUGGAAUUCUAUCCUGGCAGGACUGAAGAGUACUGCACUUUGACAAUUCUGGAUGAUGCUCAGUACCCAGUGAUAGAAGGAGUAGAAACAUUUGUCGUCUAUUUGAGCUCACCCCAAGGAGCUGAACUGGCCAAGCCUUUCCAGGCAGUGGUGGCCAUUAAUGACACUUUCCAAGAUGUACCAAACAUGCAAUUUAGUAAAGAUUUGUAUCCGGUGAAAGAGAAGGAUGGGGUCCUGCACAUUUCCAUCAUCCGUACUGGAGACUUAAGCUAUGAGUCCUCUGUCAGGUGCUACACCCAGAGUCAGACAGCAAAGGUCAUGGAGGACUUUGAAGAAAGGAGGAAUGCUGAGGAAUCACGUAUCACUUUUCUGAAAGGGGAGAAGGUGAAGAACUGCACUCUCUUUAUUAAUGAUGACUCUGCAUUUGAAAUGGAGGAGAAGUUCCGAGUAUAUUUGAGCAACCCCCUUGGAAACCACUGGAGUGGGGCUACAGUUGGGAAGAACAGUGUGGCCACCGUGAUCAUCUCCAAUGAUGAGGAUGCGCCCACCAUCGAGUUUGAAGAAGCAGCCUAUCAAGUACGUGAACCUCCUGGGCCCGAAGGCUUCGCUUUCUUAGAAGUCCAUGUGAUCCGGAGAGGGGACCAAAAUAGGACCUCCAAGGUUCGCUGCAGCACCCGGGAUGGUUCGGCUCAGUCUGGAAUCGAUUACAACCCAAAAAGUCGAGUUCUGAAGUUUAGCCCUGGGAUGGACCGCAUUGUAUUUAAAGUGGAGAUCAUGUCCAAUGAAGACAGGGAGUGGCACGAGUCUUUUUCUCUGGUGCUGGGCCCCGAUGAUCCUGUUGAAGCUGUUCUGGGGGAGAUCACCUCAACAAUAGUGACCAUUCUGGACCAGGAAGCAGCUGGAAGCCUCAUUUUACCAGCCCCUCCCAUUGUCGUUACCCUAUCGGAGUAUGACCACGUGGAAGAAGAAACCAAAGAAGGCGCUAAAAAGUCUCCCUCUCCAGGCUACCCACUGGUCUGUGUGACCCCUUGUGACCCUCACUUCCCCAAGUACUCGGUUAUGAAGGAGCGCUGCAGUGAGGCGGGGAUCAAUCAAUCAUCCAUACAGUUCAGCUGGGAAGUGGCUACCCCCACUGAUGGAAAUGGGGCCAGAUCCCCCUUUGAAACAAUUACAGACAACACCCCGUUCACCAGCGUCAAUCACAUGGUGCUGGACAGUAUUUACUUCAGCCGGCGAUUCCACAUCCGCUGCAUGGCCAAAGCUGUAGAUAAGGUGGGCCACGCAGGCACCCCACUGAGAAGCAACAUCAUCACCAUUGGGACGGACAGCGCCAUCUGCCACACGCCAGUGGUCGCUGGGACCGCCCGAGGGUUCCAAGCGCAGUCAUUCAUUGCUACCUUGAAGUAUCUGGAUGUCAAGCACAAGGAACACCCCAACAGAAUUCACAUCUCAGUGCAGAUUCCUCACCAGGAUGGGAUGCUCCCCCUUAUCUCCACCAUGCCUCUGCACAACCUGCAUUUCCUGCUAUCAGAGUCCAUCUACAGGCACCAGCAUGUCUGCUCCAACCUAGUCAGCAUCCAAGACCUUAAGGGCAUUUCAGAAGCUGGAUUCCUUGACGAAGUGACCUAUAAGAGCAUCAUUCUGGGGCCUGGAUAUGAUCGGCCGUAUCAGUUUGAUCCCAGUGUGAGGGAACCAAAGACUAUCCAGCUCUACAAACAUCUGAACCUCAAGAGCUGCAUCUGGACUUUUGAUGCCUACUAUGACAUGACAGAAUUAAUUGAUGUGUGCGGAGGAUCAGUCACUGCCGAUUUCCAGGUUCGAGACUCAGCUCAGUCUUUCCUGACAGUCCACGUCCCCCUCUACGUGUCUUACAUCUAUGUGACAGCUCCCAGAGGGUGGGCCUCCCUCGAACAUCACACUGAGAUGGAGUUUUCCUUCUUCUAUGACACGGUUCUUUGGAGAACAGGUAUUCAGACAGACAGUGUCCUUUCUGCCAGACUGCAAAUAAUACGGAUCUACAUCCGAGAGGAUGGCCGGCUGGUCAUUGAGUUCAAGACUCAUGCCAAGUUCAGAGGACACUUUGUGAUGGAGCACCACACUUUGCCUGAUACAAAGUCCUUCAUCAUGACUCCUGACCAUCUCGGGGGGAUUGAAUUUGACCUGCAGCUUUUGUGGAGUGGCCAGACCUUUGACUCCCCUUACCAGCUCUGGAGAGCAACCAGUUCCUAUAGCAGGAAGGAUUACUCAGGAGAAUACACUAUCUACUUAAUCCCUUGUACAGUACAGCCCACACAAUCGUGGGUUGAUCCAGGAGACAAGCCACUUCCCUGCACUGCUCACGCUCCUGAAAAGUUUUUGAUCCCAAUUGCGUUUCAACAAACUAACCGGCCAGUUCCGGUGGUGUAUUCCCUGAACACGGAGUUCCAACUCUGCAAUAAUGAGAAAGUGUUUCUGAUGGACCCAACCCUAUCAGAAAUGUCGAUGGCAGAGAUGGAUUACAAGGGAGCUUUUUCAAAGGGUCAGAUCCUUUAUGGCCGGGUGAUGUGGAAUCCCGAGCAGAACCUCAACUCAGCCUACAAACUGCAGCUGGAAAAAGUGUAUCUCUGUACCGGGAAGGAUGGCUACGUGCCCUUCUUUGACCCAACUGGCACCAUCUAUAACGAGGGACCUCAGUAUGGAUGCAUCCAGCCUAGCAAGCACUUAAAGCACAGAUUUCUGCUGCUGGACCGGAAUCAACCAGAAGUGACCGACAAAUAUUUCCACGAUGUUCCGUUUGAUGCCUGCUUUGCCUCCGAGAUGCCCGAUUUCCACCCAGUCAGCAGCAUGCCUGGAGUGGAUGGCUUCAUCAUGAAAGUAGAUGCACUCUACAAGGUGGAAGCCGGCCACCAGUGGUAUCUUCAAGUGAUCUACAUCAUUGGGCCCGAGACCAUCGCAGGCCCCCGGGUGCCACGUUCCCUUGUCCACCAGCUGAAACGCAGCCGCCGGGAUCUCGUGGACCACAAGGGUGGUCUGGUCCUGGACGACUCCUUGAUCUACGACAACGAAGGUGAUCAAGUCAAGAAUGGCACAAACAUGAAGUCUCUCAACCUUGAGCGGCAAGAGGCAGUUGCUGCCGCCUCUCUGUCGCAAACGGGGGCGUCCAUUGGCAGCGCCUUUGCGGCCACCAUGCUCCUGUUGCUUGUCGUCUUGGUCGUUUGCUUUGUGACCAGGAAAUGUCGGAAACACAGGAAAAAGAAAAAGGCUGCCAAAGGCACCCUGGAGGAAUAUCCUCUCAAUACCAAAGUAGAGGCAGCCAAGAAAAACACAGAGAGGGUGGAAAAGAAUGUCAACAGACAGUACUGCACAGUGAAGAACCUGAACAUCCUAUGUGAAAACGAAGGUGCCUACAAGGUCCAAGGGGCAAAGGUCAAGCAAGUGAACUUGGAGGUGAAAGUUCACAACAAUUUACAUGAUGGAACAGAAGUUUAAUGGUGUGCACUUCUUUUUUUGGUAACAUCUUUUUAUAAAUUGUAAAAAGGAAAAAAAAGUAUAUAAAUGUGUUUUUUUAAAAAAGAAAAACCUUCCUGGUAUUUUUAUAACUAUCUUGCGGGAAAAGGGAAGAAUUGUACCUUUUUUUUCCUUUUUGCUUGCUUGAGUGGUGAACAAGCAACCUGUCCUCGCACGCUUCUACUCCACAACAGAGCUACCUCACUGAAAGGAGAACCGUGUGAGACUCCCAAGGCAGGAAAUGCUGAGUUGCAUCUCUUGGAUUGCCUUCACAAGAGCAUUCCAGCUGCCCGGCCGCCAGGGCUCUCAAAUCUCCUCAGUUCUCAGUUCGUUGUAUUCCCUCUGAAGAAGGGGUUGAUUAAAAAAAAAAAAAAACAACCACCCCAAAGGGUGUCACAUGCUAAUGAGGCUUCAUUGGAGGUGGAAGAAGCACAGGAGCCAUAGGUGGGAAAGCAAGCAUUGUCCUAGGACAUCUCCAUCACUGCAUCAUCUCCACAUCUAAUGGCCGCUGGUGUAUUAGUUGUGUUGGAAUAUCUGUAGCAGGGAUGGCCAACCAGCUGUUGCUGGAAUACUACUCCCACCACCAAAAGCCACAGUUUAUUGUAGCUAGGGAUGAUGGGAGUUGUAGUCCAACGACAGCUGGGGAGCCUCACGUUGGCCAUCCCUGAGCUACAGUUCUUCCAGCUCUUGGAUGGAAGUGAAGUAUGUUGCAAUAUAGCUGGGGAGCCUCACGUUGGCCAUCCCUGAGCUACAGUUCUUCCAGCUCUUGGAUGGAAGUGAAGUAUGUUGCAAUAUAGAUGGAAUCAAUAAGCAUCCGUUCACACAUGAUGUUAGCACCCAUGCAGAAGUCUUGAAUGCUUGCAGCACCUCUUCCAAACCGUGCUCACAUGGAAGUGGAGUUUGUGUGAACUGGCAAGUCCAUAUAUGUACUAUGUAUGCAGUUACUGAGAAUAACCGCACUGGCUCCAAAAGGUGCCGUCCCCAUCUCUGAUAUCUUGGUGGCCACAUACACACAUCACCCUCACAGAGGUACUGGUUCACAUAAAUAUUGUUUCCAUGUGGGCACACCCAAACCUGGAGGCCAGUAAUGGCCCCAAACACUCCCAAGACAAUCAAUUGAGGGUCACCCUGAUAUGGGAAGCCCAAAAGAUCCUGAGGUGGAGUAGUUACUGUUGUCACCCAGAGCACAUCUCCUUCUGGAAACUGAACAGAGCUCCUGUAUCCUUGGGUAUUUCAUAGAAUCCCCUAGAACUUCAGAAUUGGAAGGGACCCGGGAGAUCUUCUGGUCCAGCCCUGCUCAGAGCAGGAAGCUGCCACAACAUCCCUGACAGAUGGCCUCCCAACCUGUUCUUGAAACCUUCCAAUGAAGGAAAGUAAGCUACAGUGUGAGGCAGAUUGUUCCACUGUCAGACAGCUCUUACAGUUAGGAAAUUCCUCCUAAAGUCUAGCUUGAAUCUGCUUCCUUAUAAUUUCAACCAUUAAUUCUAGCCCUGCCAACAAGAGCAGCCAAGAACAAGUCCACUCAUGGACCAAUGGUCUGACUCCGUAUGUGGCAGCUUCCUAGGUUCCUAUGGCAGCCCUUCAUAUAGCUGGAGGUGGCUAUUAUAUCUCCCUUUCGUUUUCUCUGCUCCAGACUAAAGAUACCCAGCUUCUUCAGCCAUCCCUUAAGGACUUGAUUUCCAGACUCCCCACCAUCUUCCUUAUUCUCCUCUGAGCCUGUUCCAGUUUACCAGUGACCUUAAAAUGCAGUGCUCAGACCUGCACACAGUUUUUCAAAUGAGGUCUGGCCAUUUGUGACAAAAGAUGACCAAAAAAGAAGGUCUGAUGUCUAACUGGACUACCUAAAAAGCUGGACACUGCCCUGGCAGCCAUUGGAUCUUAGAGAGCAUCUCUUUCAGAGGCCCUUGGAAUGCCCACCCUGGCUUCCAAACCCACCUCCCCCAUAAGACAGUCAAGUGUAAACAACAGAUAAGAAACAGCCUGGUUGGUUGUGGGAAAUGGUUGUCAUAGAUUACCCUUCAAAUGCAAACUUGUAAUCAAUGGAAGCUAAGGAGGUAAUUAUCUUUAUCAGUUGAUUGCUAUCUCAACUGACUGUGAACUGUCCCAAUGAGACAUUCAUUCUUGUCCCUAUAAGGAGUUCUAUGUUCUUUUGAAGAAUCUGCCAUAAUGGUUGAAGAGGAGCGAAGUCACAAUCAUCCUUUUCCCCAAAUGCCAAUUUAGAAUAGAUUUUUAGAAAAUUCUUGCUGAGGAUUUCUUUAUAAAACUGCUGUUUGUUUGGAGGCAAGAACCUUCUGUGCCAAAAUAACUGCUCUGUUUAUAAUAUAAUGGUAUCUGAGGCUUAUACUGUCAGCUUAAUUUAGACCAGGGAUGCACAGCUUUGGCCUUUCAGGUGUGUUGGACUACAAUGCUCAUCACCCCAAGCCACAGUGGCCAGUAGCUGGGUACUAUUGAAGUUGUAGUCCAUAACAGAAUAAAGAAGAUCAGGGGUAUCAUAUAUAAACAAAUAAUAUUUAUUAUUUACAAAUUUGUUGCUUAUCUAUCUUGAUAGAAAAUUACGGAAUAUGCUUCAAAAUGCUUUGAAAAAUAAAAUCUGAUAAUCUGGUUUACAAAAGCAUAGUUUAAAACAACUAGCAACAAUGGAAUUGAUUAGAAAGUCCCAAACUGUAGAAUUCUUCAUCUGUAGAUCCUUAUUUCUCUUCAUAGGAAAAGCCAGACACAUUUCAACUUCAAGUCUUCAUCAGUGGCUUCCUAAAUUUUCAUACAUAGAUGUGAAGGAUCCAAUUAUCAGACUAUCCUUAGUCCAAAAUCUGCAGGGAGGCCAGAUUUGGGCAGCCCUGAUUUAGACUCAAGUCUGCAAACUAUAAAGGGUUCAAUCCGCAGCAGUGUUUGCAUGCGCAGCUGGUACAUUUAGGUCACGAUCUACAAUGUCGCACCAUGUUAGCUCAGACACUUUGGGCCAGUUCACAUGACCAUGCUGUAUGUACUGGGGGUUAACUUUUCCCCAGUGGAUUUGGAUACCCCAAACUUCUGCUGUGAUGGUGUCUUGAGACUUUUCAGAUUGUGACUCAUAGACUCAAGCUUGUGACUCAUAGUCCAGGGGUUCUCAACCUUAGGUCCCCAGAAGUUGCUGGACUACAACUCCCAUCAUAUGCAGCCACUAUGGCUGGGGUUGAUGGAAGCUGUAGUCCAACAACUUCUGGGGACCCAAAGCUGAAAACCGUUAUCAUUGUCCAAGCCUUAUCAGGAUGUGAUGAGCCACAAUUUGGGGUAUGUCAAAAUAUCCACAAAGUUGGUUUAACUUGGGGGGAAAGUCAACUCCUGUUGACUUCAGAAUCAAAAACGGUUGUGUGAAUCAGCUCCUGCUUCAGAAUAAGGUCUAGGUCCCAUCUGAAGGACAUCCUCACACAUGUUAAGAAGCCGCUCCCAUGCUGCUUGUGGGCAUGUGGAAAUAUUGUUAAGGUAGACUAGAAAAUGGAAGAUAACUUUUAUAGCUGCUCCCCUCCUACACACAAGGAAUUCUUAUGUGGAUUUAAUGAAAGUUUUAUUCAGCAACAACUCCCUUUUCUUCUUCUGCACCCCUUUCCCUUCUGACUCCUCCCCUACACUCUCUACAGGAUCCCCCUUAGGACAAAUGUCAAAACAAACUGCAAAAGAUGACCUGAUAGGAUACAAGAACCAUUUUUAUUUAAAAAAAAUGGAAAGUUGCCUUGAGAGCAUGUGAAUUAAUGCCCUCAUUCAAAUGAAUUGGAUUAAUGAUGGGAGCUUCCCCCCCGAGUCAUUUAAUGAUGAGAAUUCCCCCCCACCCACCCCGUGCAUUGAAGCUUUAGUGCCUGUAACAGAUCACUGAAUUUGGAUAACUGGGUUCUACUGUUAGUGCCUACUUAAUAAGCCUUGGGUCACAAUGUGAAACAUGCCAACUAGGAAAUGAGUCCUAUGGAUAACAAGGGGCUUAAUUCUGAGUAUCUAGGCAUAGCACGAAGCCGUACAUGUCCAAGAAGAGGGAUCUCAAUAGAAACGAACACAUAUUUGUGGAUAUUGAAACCAGACUCAUCUGAUCACAGAAAUUUGGGGCAUAAAUCCGCUAUUUAUAAUGUGUCUGAGCUUCUUACUGAUUUUUACCUGCUACAAAUUUGUAAUGACAAAGUCAUCAUGGUGACUGAAUUUCAGACAACUAUGAAGCUUACAGAGGAGGGUGCGAUCCUUCACUUUGCUUGGGUUGCCACUUUACAAAAUCUGUGGGUGCACACUCGAAAGUGUCAUAUACUUGCAACUGUUACUUAUUGUUUGAUUCACAUGAUCAUUUUUUGUUGGCUUUGAUUGAUAUCAGCUGGUGAGCACGGUCAGUGUUGGGUUUCCAUCAGUGUCCAUUUAUUCCCACUUUCCAUGUACUGCCUUUCAUGCACCUUCAGCGGACUUCAGUGACACACUGAAGAAGUGUUGCGAAUGCUUUGUGCUCAAAUUAUGCCUCAGUGUGCCCUGGAUUGAAGACUUGUUUAGAGCUGGAUCUUUGUUUGGGGUGUUUACAUGAAGGAGUCAGUCUAGUACAGGAGUUCUCAAACUUCGGUCCCCAGCAGUGUUCCCUCUAAUGGGGAUUCCCAGAUGUUGUUGACUGUAACUCCCAGAACCCCCAAGCAAAAGCCAUUGCAGCUGGGGAUUCUGGGAGUUGUGGCCCAGCAACAUCUGGGGACCCAAGCCUGAGAACUCCUGGUCUCGUGAAAAAGACCACGUGUGUUGAGCUCAGUACAUAAAUGGGCCGUGCACUUUGGAUCUGAAGCUGCUGUGCCAGCAGAGGCAUGCUUAGGGUGGCGGAGAAGGUCUAGCAAAGUGUCAGAAGCCAGUGAUACAAAUAUGACAAAUAUUUAUUUACCGCUUCUCAACCAAAGUUCCCAAAGCGGUUUACUUAGCUAUAGAUAAAUAAAUAAAAUGGCUCCCUCUCCCCCAAAGGGUUCACAGUCUUAAAAAGAAACAUGAGAUAGACACCGGCAACAUCCACUGGAGGGAUGCUGUGCUGGGGCUGGAUAGGGCCGGUUGCUCUCCCCCUGCCAAAUGUCAGAGAAUCACCACUUUUAAAAGGUGCCUCUUUGCUCAGUUAGCCGGGGACCGCUCCAAUGUGUACACAGAGCUCUUCCUGGUGCAGGAUGUUCCCAUUGAACUCAGUGAAGGGACAACUUCAUAGUCUCAUGGCACAGUGCCCUUCAGUGAAGCAGGAACAUAGGAAGUUGCCUUCUACUGAGUCAGACCAUGGGUCCAUCUAGCGCAGUAUUGUCUGCACGGACUGGCAGCAGCUCUCCACGAUUUUCAGCCAGGGGUCUUUCCAGUCCUACCUAGAGAUGCUAGGGUUUGAAUAAUCUGGGCCGCUCUGAAUGCAACGCGGAUGCUCUACCACUGAGCAAUGGCCCCAUCUUCACCACCACUCCCCACCCCAGUGAAUGAAGAUAGAUGGUGGAGAUCCGUGCACACAUUGCAGCUUCUGUUUCAACAGCACAGUGCCAAAUCUGGAUCCGUGAGAACCACCAUAGUGCAGUCAGCUUGGAUUAGGGAGGUCUGGGUUCUAAUCCUUGCUCAGCCCCUAAGCUCAUUGGAUGAUCUUGGGCACUCACCCUCCCUAGGCCUAACCUACCUCACAGGGUUGUUGUGAGGAUAUGAUGGGAUAGCCCUAAGGCCUGGCACACUGAGCUUCUUGGCAAACUUCUUGGCAUGCCACAAACUAUGUUGUAGAGGCAUCAAUCUGGCACUGCAGGCAGACACAUGCAUGGAGAAAUAGAGCAGUGGCGUGCCAGUCAACGGACUCUGUGUUUGGGAUUGGUAUAAUCAAGGAAAUGCUAUGGGAAAUCUAGCUCAGUGGCACAAGGCAUGGUGCACACUGAUGAUGCCAUAAGUAGUAAUAAUAAUAAUUAAUAAUAACAACAGAAAUGGCUAUAGAAACAAGAGACAAAGAGCACACUUUCUCCUAAGCUGUAUAACUGCUGGUACAUGCUGUAUGAUGCAUAUUUCUGUUCAAUACAGAUGCUGGCACUGAGACAGGCAGGCACAGAGCACUGCCCUUCCAGUCUGCAGAUGUUUGUUCCAGCAUUUUGCCAUGCACUGGCCAGUCCAAGAAAGUGUUUCCGGUUGCUCUGAGUAAAUCUCAUUUGGUGCUGUCAACCUGUUUUCUUGAAUCUCACUAUCUCUGUGUUUUGAAACAUGCAUCCAUUUGUUGUGGAAUGAAUGGUUUUUAUUUCCAUAAAGCCCCCCCCCCCGUUGUUGUUUUUUGCUAAUAAAUAACAUUUGGUUACUUUUUAACUUCA